UAUAUUUCAUAAUAAGCUUGGUACUAUAAAUAACAAUAGGCUUAUGAUCCAAUAGCAUAUCACACAAGUCUUUAGAUACUUCCCUUUUUAGCUUUCAUCUAUCAUUGGUGUAAUGAUGAUGAUGCAUAACACGUUCAUGCGCUUCUUCAUUCCUUUCUUGGUUCUUGCCACUUUCUGUUUGGCUAAUUCUGCUAUAGCAACAUCUCAAGUUUCAGAGAAUGAAGCAAAGCUUGGAGACCAAGAAUUGGCAAAGACAAAACCAGAAGUUCAUAAUGAAGAAGAAAAAUUCCUUUUCCAUCAUCAUAAGUCACUCUUCAAGAAACAUAUUCCAAUUGUGAAACCUAUUCCAGUGUAUAAGCCUAUUCCAAAACCAAUUCCAAUCGUAAAGCCUAUUUAUAAGCCAGUUCCUAUUUAUAAACCAAUUCCAAAACCCGUAAUAGUGAAAAAACCGGUCCCUAUUCCAGUAUUCAAGCCGGUUCCAAAGCCAAUUCCAAUUGUUAAGCCUAUUCCGGUUUUUAAACCUAUUCCAAAACCAAUUCCAAUUGUUAAACCUAUUUAUAAGCCGGUUCCUAUAUAUAAGCCAAUUCCAAAACCAAUAUUUGUUAAACCAUACCCUAAAAAACCUUAUUUUCCUCCACAGAAUAGUCCUUAAGUUAUUGAAACAGAAGAAAAGUGAAUUAUAUAUUAAUUUCCAUUUCACAAGCCAACUCCAACUCCAUUGUAUUAGAUGGUGAUAAGGCUCAUAAUAUCUACAGGCCCAAAAAUAAUCUCUUGUGCUCAAUGUUAUUUAUAAUUAAUGUCUAAUAUUUAUAGUUAUGUAUGUCCAAGUAUCUCCACUUCAAGUUAUGUCUUAUAAGAAUUCUUAUUGAAUGUAGUUUACCGAAAUAUAUAUAGUAAUAUACUUCCGUUAUUAAUUACCACAAGUUCGCAGUAUUUUCAUUGUAAAUUGAAUAAUUAAUCAUCAAUGCAGGAUGGUAAAAAUGAUCU